AUUAAACAUCCCGGAUCCAAUUAUCUCUGCUUUAAAUUCCCCUUCUUUUUCCUUAUCUGUGAUAUAUAAACACCGGCUUGUAGCAAAUCAAUCAAACAGAGUUUCUUAUUCUUCAUUGGCUCUCUCUGUCUCUCUUCUUCCAUUUUCCCUCAAGCAAUAUGGUUUUGCUUGGCAGCCAAGGCGAGAAGGGGUCUUUGGAUGAUGGGUCCUUGGUGGACUACAAAGGGAACCACCCAGUGGACAAGACUAAGACCGGUGGAUGGCUUGCUGCCGGCUUAAUCUUAGGGACCGAGCUUUCGGAGAGGAUAUGCGUGAUGGGGAUAUCGAUGAACUUGGUGACAUACUUGGUGGGGGACUUGCACAUUUCUUCCGCAAAGUCCGCCACCAUUGUGACCAACUUUAUGGGCACUCUCAACCUACUUGGCCUACUUGGCGGUUUCUUAGCCGAUGCUAAGCUCGGAAGAUACCUCACCGUCUCGCUCUUCGCCUCCGUAUCUGCUUUGGGAGUGGGUCUAUUAACAGUAGCCACGACUAUACCCAGCAUGAGGCCUCCGCCCUGCAGCGACUACCGGAGGCUCCAACACCAGUGCAUCGAGGUGAAUGGCCACCAGCUGGCUCUUCUCUAUGCAGCCCUCUAUACGAUUGCACUUGGUGGUGGCGGGAUAAAGUCCAAUGUCUCAGGAUUUGGGUCAGACCAGUUCGAUAGCACGGACCCGAAGGAGGAGAAGGCCAUGAUAUUCUUCUUCAACCGCUUCUACUUCGCAAUCAGCAUCGGCUCCCUCUUUGCGGUGAUUGUGCUCGUUUACGUCCAGGACAAUGUCGGUAGAGGGUGGGGGUAUGGGAUCUCAGCGGGCACGAUGGUGAUUGCAGCGGUCAUCCUGCUGCUGGGAACGAGGCUUUACCGGUUCAAGAAGCCGCAGGGGAGCCCGCUGACAGUAAUAUGGAGGGUGGUAUUCCUGGCCUGGAAGAAGAGGACUAGACCUCAUCCGGCGCAUCAUAGCUUCCUGAAUGGUUCCGAAAAUGCCCGGGUCCUGCACACAGAUCGAUUCAGGUGUCUCGACAAGGCAGCAGUCCUGGAUGAGGCCGAUUCAACAAAAGGAAGCGACCGUAAUCCUUGGCUAGUCUCGACUGUGACGGAAGUCGAGGAGGUGAAGAUGGUGAUAAAACUGAUGCCAAUAUGGGCCACCUGCAUCCUCUUCUGGACCAUCUACUCCCAAAUGACCACCUUCACCAUCGAGCAGGCCACUGUAAUGAACCGAACAAUCGGGUCGUUCACGGUCCCUGCAGGUUCCUUGUCGGCAUUCCUCUUCAUAACGAUCCUCCUCUUCACCUCCCUCAAUGAGCGGCUCUUUGUUCCGUUGGCCCGGAAACUCACUCACACCACCCAGGGCCUAACAAGUCUCCAGAGGGUCGGGGUGGGGCUAGUCUUCUCGGUUGUUGCAAUGGCUGCCUCAGCAAUCAUCGAGAGACAGAGGCGAGUUAUUGCCAAUGAGCACGGCACGAAGAUCAGUGCCUUCUGGCUCGUCCCCCAGUUCUUCCUAGUCGGGGCAGGGGAGGCGUUUGUGUACGUGGGGCAGCUAGAGUUCUUCAUCCGGGAGGCACCCGAACGGAUGAAAUCGAUGAGCACGGGUCUGUUCCUGAGCGCGAUCUCGAUGGGGUUCUUCAUUAGCAGCCUGCUCGUGUCGUUGGUAGACGAGGUCACCCACAACAGCUGGCUGAGGAGCGACCUUAACAAAGGGAGGCUGAACAACUUUUACUGGUUGCUUGCUGUCCUAGGAGUGCUGAACUUCCUGAUCUUCCUCGUGUUCGCGAUGAGGCACCAGUACAAGGUGCAACACUAUGCUGGGAAUGCCGAGGACGAGGAGUUUGGGAUCGGAGAGGUGGUUAAAGGGUCGAAAGAAAUGGUGAGAAUUGGUGAGGAGGAGGAGGAUAAGGAGAAGGCAUGUGCUGAAGGGAAGGAAGGGGCUCAGUUUGAAUUCGUAGAUAUGAUCAAGCAAAUACUUGGAAAGAUACCUCGAAAGCCCUCGAAAUCAUCCCAUAGUGACGAUGGCCUGGUCAAUUCCCAUUCGCCACUGAACACAUCGACAGGGCCUAACUCUACGCAUAACUCGAGACCCGCUUCGACUUCUGCGAAAUCAUUGAAUUCUGGUUCUGGUGCACCGCAUUUGGGGAAUGGGACUGUUAGCAAGCCGAGUCAUGGGAAGAAAUUGUCUCCGGUUGCUGGGCAAGUGGGACCGUUGCUGGCUUCCGGGGCUUACGAGGCAUUGCCGAGCUUCCGGGAUGUUCCCAGUUCGGAGAGGCAAAAUCUGUUUAUCAGGAAGUUGAAUAUGUGUUGUGUGGUGUUCGAUUUUAAUGAUCCUUCAAAGAAUCUCAAGGAGAAGGAUGUUAAGCGGCAGACCUUGCUGGAGCUGGUUGACUAUAUAUCUUCUGUUACGUCCAAGUUUAAUGAGGUCACAAUGCAAGAAAUCACAAAGAUGGUGGCAUUGAAUCUGUUCAGGACAUUCCCAUCUUCGAAUCGUGAUAAUAAUAUCGCGGACAUGUUUGAUCCUGAAGAGGAGGAGCCCACUAUGGAGCCGGCUUGGCCACAUAUUCAGAUUGUUUACGAGCUUCUGUUGAGAUUUGUGACCUCCUCAGAAACUGAUGCUAGGCUUGCCAAGCGAUACAUUGACCAUUCCUUUAUCCUGAGAUUGCUUGACUUGUUCGAUUCUGAGGACCAAAGAGAAAGGGAGUAUCUGAAGACAAUUCUUCACCGGAUUUAUGGUAAAUUUAUGGUGCAUAGGCCGUUCAUUAGGAAAGCCAUCAAUAAUAUCUUCUACCGCUUCAUUUUCGAGACAGAGAGGCACAAUGGAAUUGCAGAGAUGCUGGAAAUUCUAGGCAGUAUAAUCAAUGGCUUUGCAUUGCCAUUGAAGGAAGAGCACAAGCUGUUCCUUGUCCGCGCUUUGAUUCCCCUUCACAAGCCCAAGUGUGUGUCCAUGUAUCAUCAACAGCUCUCUUACUGCAUCACUCAGUUCGUCGAGAAGGAUUUUAAGCUGGCUGAUUCAGUAAUCCGGGGUCUCCUCAAGUAUUGGCCUGUGAUAAACAGUUCAAAGGAGGUUAUGUUCCUUGGUGAGUUGGAAGAAGUGCUAGAAGCCACCCAAGCUGCAGAAUUCCAGCGCUGUAUGGUCCCGCUUUUCCGACAGAUUGGCCGUUGUCUCAAUAGCUCGCAUUUUCAGGUAGCUGAACGAGCACUCUUCUUGUGGAACAACGACCACAUUAGAGACUUAAUCAUGCAGAACCGAAAGGUCAUACUCUCAAUAAUCUUCCCGGCCCUAGAGAUGAACACCCGGAGUCACUGGAACCAGGCAGUUCAGAGUCUCACCUUGAACGUGAGGAAGAUCUUCUCUGACAUUGACCAAGCUCUCGUGGACGAAUGCCUGAUCAGGUUUCAGGAAGACGAAGUCAAGGAGAAGGAGAUGAGGGAAAGGAGAGAAUCUAUGUGGAAGCAGUUGGAAGACGUGGCAGCCUCCAAGGUCGUAAGCAACGAGGCCGUGCUAGUCUCUAGGUUUGGAUCUUCCAUUGCCAUCGCCACCAGUUCAAAAACUCGAAAUUCUUCGGGUAGAUGAGAGAAUUUGGCAUGUUGAAUUUGCUAGAGUCUCUUCCCCUUUUGAAGCUCGGGAA